CCAGCAUGUUUGAAGGUUUAUGGUCAGAUAAUUCACCUGAUAUCAAAGAUAACUACUUCUUCAAACCAUCUACAUACGGUAAUAAGAUAUGCAGUGGUGGGUGUAACUGUAACGAGAAAGAUAACAUUGUCACAGGCUGUUCUGGACCCACAGUCAAGAUCCAGGGAUAUUCUUUUGAAAAUGUUACCAUGGAUUCCUUUGAGAGCAGUGUCACCAGCAUCCAACUUCUAGAUAUGCCAAACUUCAAAUAUUUUGGGAAUGCUACAUUUGAUCACUUGACUAAUUUACAAAGUUUGACUAUUCAUUCCACAAGCCUGAUUCAGUUCCCUGAUAUAUCUACAACUCAGAUGGAGAAAAUGAUGCUUUGUGACAACCAGAUAAAGUUUUUCCAACACAACCAUACAAAUCCAAUUUGGCCAUCAACCCUGAAGAGAUUAUCACUGAUUCAGAAUGAUAUAGAGUGGGUUCCAGAUAAUUUCUUAACAUUAAGCAGUAUUGAAUAUGUGUCAUUUUCCAGGAACAGUAUCAGAUAUUUUCCAUCUCUAGCUUUGAAGGGUGUCACCAGUUUAAUAUAUCUGGGACUUGAGGAGAACCAGAUUAGGAAGAUAUCUAAGAAUCAUUUGUCAUCUGUAAUUAACUCACCAUUGAUUCAUCUAAAUUUAAGCAAUAAUAUCAUAGAUUACAUUGAACCAAAUGGAUUGAAGCAGUUAUCAUCAUUAAAAAUUUUAGAGUUACACAAUAAUCAGAUAUCCAGGAUUGAUCAAGGAACUUUUGAUGGCAUACCAAAUCUGAUACAUUUGGAUUUAAUACACAAUCACCUUGAAGUCCUGACCAGUAGGAGCUUUACCAAUUUGAAUACACUAAUAACAUUGAGGUUACACAGUCAAGAUACACCAAUGAAGUACAUUUAUUAUGAUGCCUUCUAUAACAUCAAUGGAAACUUGACAAAUCUAUGGAUCAGUGACAAUGAGUUACCCUUUUUCCCUCAACAGGUUCUGUCAGAACAAGAGUAUCUAGCCAUGAGAGAAAUUUAUGCGGAUAACAACAGGAUCAUCAAUGCUACAGAGUACACACAGGAUGGUUUCCCUUUAACAAUGCAGCAUGCUUAUACCAACAAAAAACUAGCAUAUAAAUCAUGGUAUACCCUCAGAAAUCUAAAUAUACUAUAUUUAGGAGGAAAUCUAAUACCAGCAAUAGACCCACUAGAAUUCUGCAAUUUGACUGUUCUGACUGUCUUCAGUUUACGCAACAACUUGUUGGAUGAUGAUGUUGUCCCUGAUAAUGCAUUUGACUGCCUUACAAGUCUAGUUGAGUUAGAUAUUGCUUACAACUUCUUCAAGUAUGUUCCUAAAGCAGCAAAGACCAUAGCAUUGCAAGAUUUUAGGAUAUUAAACAUGGCAGGGAAUAAACUAACAGCUAUUCCAGCAGGAACAUUCCAAACUGUUAACUUCACUGAUCUUAAUCUAAAUAAUAACAAGAUUUUGGUGAUAGAAAAUACUGCAUUUCCUUCAACACUAGUAGAACUAAAUUUACAGAGUAAUGAAUUCCGGUUUACUCAUGAGAACCCAUUUACCAAUCUGUCAAGCCUAAGAUAUUUAAAUCUACAUAAUAAUGAUGUAGACUAUAUUCCAGAGGAUGCUUUUGACAACUGUAAUGAUCUGAGAGAGUUGACUUUACAGGGAAACAACAUUGGUUGGUUGACAAAAAAAAUGUUUGAAGAUAGUCCACUGAUGUAUGAAUUCAACAUUGCAAACAAUGAUUUAGCCUACAUAGAGAAUGGAACAUUUGAUCACUUCACAAAUCUUUAUUAUUUUUACUUUUAUAAUAACAAACUAACACAGCUGCCAUCCCUUGGAGACUUCUCUGACCUGGGAGCAUACUACUUCAGUGCAAGCAACAACAGAAUUACAGAAAUCAAAUCUAAUACUUUUGCAAACAUGAACGGAUAUUCCUUAGAUCUAUCUCAUAACCAGAUUUCAGUGAUUUAUAGUGAUGCCUUUGACAAUAUCAACUAUGAUCAUAUAACUUUAACUGAUAAUCCAAUGAAGACUUUAGAAUCCAGGUCUUUUGUUGGUAUAACUUUAGCCAAUAACUUGAAUAUAAAUGAUAUGGAAAUAAGUCAUGUGCCAGCUUCUGCCUUUGUCAAUGUCAAUGCUAAAGAUUUACUAUUGCAAAAUAACCAGAUAGAAUACAUUGAAGAAAAUGCUUUUGAUAAUGUUAUUUUAACAGAAGAUUUGUUCUUGAAUGGAAAUGGUUUAAAGACUUUACAUGGGUCCAUCUUUGCCAACAGCUCAUCGAUUGCAGGAAGUUUCCACAUGGAGACAAACAACAUAGAAUUUAUACCAAUAACAGCAUUUGACGCCUUAACAAGUGUCUCAAAAAUAUAUUUAAGUGACAACAACAUUGACCAAUAUCCUUCAGCGGCAUUGGGCAACAAAGGGCUUCUCUCUAUAUAUAUGGAGAACAAUAAAGUGACAGAAAUAUCCAGUAAUACUUUCCUCAACCAUGGUACACUUCAAAUACUAGAUAUGUCUGGUAAUGGAUUAAAGAAGAUUGAACAAGGAACUUUGGAUGCCUUGUCUGAUCUCACAUAUUUAGACAUGAGCAGCAACAACUUGACCUACAUUGAGCCUCUUUCAUUCAGUCAGCUUGGUGAUUUACAGACCAUAAAGUUAGCAGAUAAUGAACUAAUCUUCUUCCCAAAGUUACCCAACAUGACCAAUCUAAAGUCAUUGGAUCUAAGUAAUAAUCUCAUUAGAUCAUUUGAGAUUGCUGCAUUUACAGAUUUUGAUGGAAACAAGAAAUUUAAAACCUUGACACUGACAGGGAACACUGACAUUGGCUGUGACUGUUACCUUCUUGAAACAAUGACAGUUGUUAAAUCUAUCAUAACAGAUGGAGAGUGCAGUAGUCCAGUGGGUUUAGCAGGGAUAUCAUUAGAUUCUAGCUCAUCAGGAUCCUUACCACACUUCUUAAGUGCUGAUCCUGCAUUAUUUUUAUGCUCUCCUUAUCAUGUGAAUGCUGUGGCCCUGUCUGGGACCAGUAUAGAUGUCACAUGGACACGACCCAAUAAUAGUGUGUCAUCAACAUCCUAUAUUCCUGAUGCUUCUACUACACCAUGGCAGUAUUAUGUAUUUUGCACAGAUGGGACUGUCAAUGCUAAUGCUGUUGUAUCAUCAGGAACCUACACUUAUACAUUUACAUCUGUUGAUGGAAUACAGACAGAGACAGAAUAUAUCUGUGCUGUUGCUUUACAUGAUGGAUCUUCACUCAGUGCUUACAGUAGUCCAGCAGUAGUAACUACUCAAGUUGGUUCAAUUACCCCUGGAGGUACCCCUGGAGUAAAUGAUUGGGUUCUGCCAAUAAUUUAUUAUGACUUUAGUGUAACAGAUUCUGACUUCACUGGAUAUGCAGACACAACAAUAAGUAAGCCUACAUAUAUACCAAGUCCAUAUGGAGCCUGGCUGAAGAGAUCUUCCAAUCCUUCUUCUGACACCUUCUCUGGAUGGUUUGUUGAUAAUCCUGGCACUAACAUGGCAUUUAAUGAUACCAUCAUACUUACAGCAGAUACGGGGGCAUCAGUGCCUACUCAUAGAUAUGCCACAAACAGUUACUUCCCCAUUGAUGGCCAGGGUUAUGGAGACCAGGCUAAAGACUGCUAUGCUGCAUGGCACAAUUUUGGAUUUACAACUGCAAUCAGAUCAGGCUUUAUAUACCAGGGUAACGAGACCCUGACUGUAGGCGGAGGUGAUGAUGUAUGGGUCUAUCUGAAUGGUGUCCUUGUUCUUGAUGUUAUCACCAGGAAUGCCGGAACUUCCAUACCAUGUAAACAAAUCGACAUCUCUGCAGCAGCUACCUCGGGUGGAGCCACCAUCACUCCACACUAUGGUACAGUAUCAGGAAGUUCAUGUAUUAUAACAAGUACAGUACCUUCUGAUGCUAUCACACUGGAACUGGAGUCAGGAGAAAGAUACCACUUUAGCAUUUACCAUGUAGAGAGACUAGCCUGUUCAUCCAGCUUGUUUAUAGAAACCACCAACUUCCAGUUCAUAACUGACCCGGAAGAUGAACCUCCUAGAGAUUAUGUGGUAUCCUUGAAUGAAGAUUUCCAUUUGAAUGGCAUAGUAGCUGAACUUGCUUUGUCUGAUAUUUUCUCUCAGGGUCCUCCAUUUGAUAUAAGUAUAUUGAGAGGAAAUGAGGCCCGUCAUUUUACCUUGAAAGAUGAUACAACGACAUCCAGGACAGCUGCUGUGGCACCAGCUGUAGUACCACCAACAUACACUACCAUUGAUGGACUGUCAUAUGUAGAAUGUGGUUCUCCCUCUACUAUUACACCAGAAGGAAAUGAUCCUACUGUUGAAACUUUCAAUAUAAAUACACAGACUGCAUUGUUUAUAUUGGAUCUCUCCUUGGACUAUGAGGUUGUAACACUGUUUACUGUUGUUAUUCAAGUGGAAGAUAAUGUGAAAACUCCUCCAUCAACUGGAACCAUCACAGCUAAGAUAAAGAUUAAAGAUGUAAACGACAAUUGUCCAGAGCUGACACAGACAACUUUUGAUUUGAUUGCUGUUCCAUCUAUGCAGCUUUCAGCUAUUGCACAGCUUUUUGCUAGUGAUGUUGACAGUGAUUUUAACAGCUUGCUGGUGUUUUCCUUGUCAUCCAUUUCAAUCAGUCCAGCUUUAGAUUACAAUGCCACACAUGACUUGUACAAUGAAGUAUAUACAGCCAAUACAACCCUGAGUUUUACUGUUAUAGUUACAGACCACGGAAGUCCUGUUAGAGGAACAGCUGCUAGUAUAACAUUCCUAGUGGAUAAUUCUUGUCUAAUGGAUGUGGAGUAUGGAGUGAUUCUAUAUUCUCUCACAGUAGAUAAUAUGACGGGGGAGGUUUUUUUCCGUGUGCCUGGAUAUUACUAUUAUGAAUACGAGUGUAGAGAUGCUUUAGGCAUACAAAGUGGAGCGGUUCUGGAUGACUGGAUCUCCACGUCAUCAGCUAUGGAAGUAAGUGGUGGUGAUCGGGCAAGGCUUAAUAUGACAGCUCUCGAUGUAAGUUUUGGUGGUCUGACUGGAGCAUGGGUUCCAUCUGUUCAGGAUACCAGUCAGUGGAUACAGGUAUUCUUAACAGAGGAUUACUGGAUCCACACUGUACAAAUACAGGGACAAGAGGACCAGCCAAAUUGGGUGAGAUCGUUCUAUGUGACUAGUUCUAAUGACAGUGUGACUUGGACAACGUAUACAAAUGGAACAGGAGAUUCAAUUUUUGAAGGCGCCUAUGAUCAGAACAGUAUUGUGAAUGUGACCUUGGAUCCUCCCGUGUAUGGGAUGUACAUAAGAAUACACCCUGCAACAUGGAAUAAUUAUAUUGGUCUGAGAUUUGAAUUGAUAGGGUGCUCACAUGCAAAGCUAAUGUAUUACAAGACAACAUGUCAAAGGUGUCUGACUUCCUGGUUUUGUAAUGGUGAUAGUACUUUACAGCCCUGUGGGAGAUGUGGUCCUCCCCUGGAUAAUUCUACAUGUGGUCGAUCACCUACAGAACAUAGUUUUGGCCUGGCUAUUGAAUGUACAACGUGUCCACUUGGUUGGAUAUGUGAAGAUGGAUAUGCCACACCAUGUGAAGACUUCCAUUAUGUUGAGUGUAAUGACACAUACUGUCCUGCAACGUGUACCCAUUGUGAAAGUGGUUACGCUUGUCGUGGUGGACAAAAAUAUCUGUGUAAUGUGGGGACAUACUCUGAUGGGAAUGUUGAGUUCUGUGAAAUGUGUCCACCAGGAACUUAUCAAGAUCUAACAGGACAAUCAUCAUGCCUUAAUUGUCCUGCUGGACACUAUAGCUCCAAGAUGAAGGAUAUAUGUAAUGUGUGUGAGGCUGGGACUUAUGCUGCAGCUGAUGGUAGUGGUUGUCAGUCAUGUUCAGACACAACACAAUGUCCUUGUCUUGGAUCAUCAUUACUUUGUUAUCUGGAGGAACUUUGUUAUAAUAUGGAUGGAUCCUUUGACUGCUUGUCUUGCCCAGAUGGUUAUGAAGGCAAUGGGGUCACUUGUAAUGAUAUUGAUGAGUGUUAUGUGGGGAGUCCAUGCUGGAACACAUCAGCUUGCAUCAACACUGAGCCAGGUUACCAGUGUAGAGCCUGUCCCCAUGGUUACACAGGAACUUAUGAAGAUGGUCUUGCUUGGAACAAUACACGUAGGAUAUUUCAGCUGUAUAAUUACCACCAUGAUCCACUAUAUUAUCAGACAUGUUUUGACAUAGAUGAGUGUGCUGUCAAUCAUGGAGGAUGUGAUUCUAAUUCUUAUUGUCACAAUACACCAGGUAGUUUUUACUGUGGGUUUUGCAAAGAAGGUUAUGUAGGCAGUUCUAGAACUGGAUGUAUGCUAGCAGAUUUCUGUCUGUCUGGUGUUCACACUUGUGACAGCAAUGCUGUGUGUUAUUUCACAGGACCCGAGGAAUACAAAUGUCAGUGCAAGACUGGUUGGGCAGGCAAUGGUUAUAUUUGUGGAGAGGAUCCUGACCAAGAUGGGGUGCCAACACUGACUAUUUCCUGUACAGGUCCAUCUUGUCGUAGAGACAAUUGUGCAAAUGAUCCAAACUCUGGACAGGAGGAUAAUGACAAUGAUGGAAUGGGUGAUGCAUGUGAUUAUGAUGAUGAUAAUGAUGUAAUCGGUGAUUUAGAUGAUAACUGUGUGUUUGUGAGUAACAUUGUGCAGACUGAUUCCGAUGGAGACGGUGUAGGUGAUGUCUGUGAUAACUGUGUAAACGAUGCCAACACUGACCAAACUGAUGGAGACGGAGACGGAAUCGGUGACAUAUGUGAUUCCGAUCCAGACAAAGAUGGCAUCGCAUCAGGCUCUGAUAAUUGUCCAUUUGUUUACAAUUUAGAUCAAGCUAAUGCAGAUGGUGACUUGGUAGGGGAUGUUUGUGACAAUUGUCCCUAUGUCACUAACAGUGCACAGACAGAUACCAAUGAAAAUGGUAUUGGUGAUAGCUGUGAACUCCAAGACAGUGAUGGAGAUGGAAUACAAGAUACUGAUGAUAAUUGUCCAUAUUUGGCUAAUGGAGAACAGUCUGAUACCAAUGGGGAUGGAACAGGAGAUUUUUGUGACACAGAUAUUGAUGGGGAUGGUGUGUUAAAUGAUGAAGAUAACUGUGUGUGUAUCUCCAAUCCAUCUCAGACUGAUUCAGAUGGAAAUCAUAGAGGAGAUGUUUGUGAAAGUGAUUAUGACCAAGAUGGUACUAUUGAUACUUUGGACAAUUGUCCUAAUAACAAAUUCAUCAAUGAAUCUGACUUUGGUACUUAUACUGGUUUAGACCUAAAUCCUGAGCUGACAUUACAACCAGCACCAAGCUGGAUGAUUCUACAUGGUGGCAAAGAAAUAAGGCAGGUUUCAGUCACUACCAAACCAGUGGCCUAUGUAGGCAGUAAAUAUUUUGAUCAUAUCCAAUAUUCUGGUACAACAUAUUCUCAGGAUAAUGAAUGUUAUGGGUACAUAGGAUUUAUAUUUGGGUACCAGUCAACACAGAAAUACUAUGUUGCUCUAUGGAGACAUAGAUAUAAUAACAUGGAUGACAGAGGAGGCACCAAAGGGGUACAAAUUAGGUUGAUAGACUCCACUCAUCUGCCAGGAAACAACACGGCCAAUGCUCUGUAUCACAGUAAUUCUGUAACAGACUAUACCACUCUGAUAUGGCAAGACCCAUCCCUUGCUGGCUGGGAAUGUAGAACUAGUUAUAGAUGGUUUAUAGAACAUAAACCCUCAUUAGGACUCCUGAGGGUAAAAGUUGAACAGCAAGAAAGUUUGAUUGUUGAUUCCGGUUACAUAUACAAUACAGCCAUCAAUGGAGGAAGACUUGGUGUGUUUGCCUACAACCAGACUGGUGCCAUUUGGUCAGAUCUCCUUUAUAGUUGUACUGAAAGAGAAAACAAGGCAUUGUAUUUAAAUGGUUCGAGUUAUGGGACUUUAGGAAACUUAUCAUCAUUGGGAAUUGAAAAGAGUUUUACUGUAGAGGGUUGGAUUAAUUUACCAACAGGAUAUUCUUCAGCUAAACUUCCAUUUGUAUGUUCCAAUUCAAGUGAUUUUUGUGUGUAUAUAGAGAAUGGGAAUCUGCAUACACAAAUAGGAAGCAGAAUCGUCAGUGGAUCAACUAUGUUACCAGCAAACAACUGGACACAUAUAGCAAGUGUGUAUAAUGCACAAGAAAAGUCAGUAACAUUGUAUGUCAAUGGUGUAAAUGGAUUAGAUGUUCAGAUCACAGAUGCUACAGAAAUUGUUUGGGAUGGUAACAUGGUAUUGUAUCUAGGAUCAGAUCUUGUACACUACAUGCAGAAUGUGAAAGUUGAUGAUGUAAGAAUCUACAACAUCCAAAUUCCUGGCUCAGAUUUAGAUUUGUAUUGGCAGACUGCUAAUAUGGAGAGGGAACAGUCUAAGAAAACUAUGGCAGCACAUUAUAACAUGAACAAUCAAACUGACCCAUCUAUCAUCAUGGACUUAGGACAAAGAAAUAUAGAUAUGAUCAUGACAGGUAGUCCAUAUUUUGUAGAGAGUACAACAGAUUAUUCCAGAUAUAAUCUUCACUACAACUAAGAAACAGCUGUCAGACGAUUUUAAUGAAUAUACUUGUACUAUAUAAAUACAACUAUAUCCAUGAAUUAUAAUAAACACCUUUUACAGUCUUUCUGCAAUUAUGUUUUUAAAACUUACAUCUUUAAAUUAGUUUUUCUGCUGUAGAUUCUGUAGCAUUUCAGUAUAGGGUAGAUCUCAGGGUAAACAUUUGUGGUGUGAAUCUGUCUGCCAAUAACAUCUGACCACUUGUUGGUUAGCAGUUGACACUGUAGAUAUAAUCAAAGUACUGAAGUACUGAACAUCAGAUGACCACAAGUUCUUGUGGAUGGUCACAAGCACUUUAAAAAAAAAUGACAUCUCUGAAAGUGAGGUUAAGGUACAUAGAUAAUAAAAAAAUCUGAGACAAGUU